AUUUCUUUAUUAAGAUCAAAUAACACUUCUGGACUUCAAAUUUCACUUGAAGAUGGACAUUGGAUUUCUGUACCACCUGAUCAAAAUUCUUUCUUCAUCAAUGUUGGUGAUUCAUUGCAGGUGAUGACCAAUGGGAGGUUUAAGAGUGUAAAGCAUAGGGUUUUGGCAAAUAGUUUGAAAUCAAGGCUUUCAAUGAUUUAUUUUGGAGGGCCACCAUUGAGUGAAAAGAUAGCCCCUUUGGCUUCACUAAUGAAAGAAGAUCAAGACAGCUUGUACAAAGAAUUUACAUGGUUUGAGUACAAAAAAUCAGCAUACAAUUCUAGACUAGCUGAUAAUAGGUUGGUCCUAUUUGAGAAAGUAGUAUAGCCUCAUUAUUAAUUUUUUUUUUUUGAAGUCCCACCUUUUUACUUGUUUAGGAAGUAUAUGGGUUGUCAAGAUGCUCAAAUAUAGGUUUAAAGAUAGAUCAUUGGAUUUCCUAUAGAUAGCAAACUAUAUUUUAUUUCUCUUUGUUAUCCUAUCUUUUUUUGUUCUCCUUAUACUUUUUUGUAACCACGUCUUGUUAAUAAUACAAGUUCUAAGUCAUGAUCAUUAUCAAUGCCA